CUCUUGACAUCUUCCAUCCGUCAAUUUUCCGUCCACGAAAAACGUAAAACCGCUCGCCUGCAACCCAACAGAUUUAUCGCGUCGUUCUCGAUGAAAUAUUCAUUACGUCGCGGACAGACUUGCGAAAAGACGGGAUCCUCGAAUGUCCAGCGGGAGCGCAUCGUUCACUGAUACGGCGAUACACGGCAAGCUGGAACCACCGAGAUCGCUGCACGGUGUCGAGGAUGCCGAGAUCAUUUGGGACACGAUCACGCGACGAUUUCCGAAUGCGGCACCGCUUCUCUGCGAGAUGGAAACAGUGAUCGAACGAGCGGAGGAUCUGCUGCAGCAGCUCAGAACGCCUUGCACUCAGGGAAAUGACACGUCCAGCUCGUUUCACACACCGGAUUCCCGGGAAUCUAACGCGACGAUUUCGAUGGUAUCCGACAUAGAAUCGUUUGCCGAAGAAACGAAUAUUUCAGAACAUCGCGAAGCCACCGAAAACGUUGAAACGCAAUUGAAGGUGCACGAUAUUAACGAAAAGCAAGUGGAUUUAGAGUCUCAACAUUAUAAUGAAUCUAUUCAAUGUGAAAAGAAACACGCCUAUCAAGAAUAUAAUUUGAAUUCACCAUUAAGAGUAGACGAGAUUGCUGAACAUUUCAAAACAAGCUUGAUGAAUAAAUGUCACAAUUCCCAAGAGGAAUCAAAUACUAAUGUAAAGGAUAACGACGAAGCAAUCGUUGUGAGUUCAGAAGAAAGAUUGAUGAAAGCAGUGGGUGAAGCAAAUAGUUUGGAAGGAUGGGCAAAUAUAACUGAUAAUGCACUGUGUAAAUAUCAUAAUGAUACAGAAGAUGAUAACGAUUCGGAAACGGGGCCAAGUAUCGACAGAAAUAUAGAUAAUCAUUCAUUGACAGUCAACGAUGAUGACAAAUCUGACAAAAGCGAUGAAAAAAUCAGUGUUGCAAGAUGUUCUGCAAAUCAUCGUUCACCGUUUACUAUCCUUGAAGAAUAUGCAAAGCAGUGUAAAGUGCCAAUCACAUACAAGUGCAAAUCAAAACCGAAUCUGUAUGUGAUAAAUGGUGACCUGUGUGGAUUUCGCGCAAUGUCGUGUGCCGCGUCCAAAGAUCUGGCCAAAAACGUAUGGGCAGCAAAAAUAUUGUGGAUGAUAGCCGUGCGUCAGAUGGAUGGCUCGAAAUCUGUCGACGGAUUAUUAGAUUUCUCAAGGGAAGAGAUAUUAGAGAUAAUAGUACUUGAAGGCGAGUUGAAGAACGCGUCGCAAAAACUCUACAAAUUUUGUCUCGAGAAAGGAGAAUCUAUUCCGAAGUAUACUAUUGGCAAUUCGACAACACAUCAAGGGUUUACGUACACAGCUCAAUGCGUAGCUUUAGGUCAUGUCGGAGUUGGACAAGGAUUGAGGAUAGAUAGCGCUAAGAUUGCUGCUGCUGAAAAUCUAUAUCAGAAAUAUAUUUGUGAGGAGCAACUCAAAAGGAAUAUGAAAGGAAAGCGUUUUGCCACUGUGGAGGAGGUGAAACAAAAAUCGCUGGAAGGCUUAAAGGACAUCCCGAUGAGUGAAUUUAAAAACUGUUUUGAACAAUGGAAGAAUCGUUUGGAGAAGUGCGUUGUGGUCAAUGGCGAAUACUUUGAAGGUGAUCAAAAUUUGGACGCUGUUUUGCGUCGUCCAACCGUGUUUUCUAGAUACGAAAAUCGCCGCAUCGUCAAAGACCUGAUGUCAGGGAUAGCGAUAGCCAGGCUCGCUGAGGAGCGUAAAGCAUGGAGGAAGGACCAUCCGUUCGGGUUUGUAGCUAGACCAACUAAAAAUCCAGACGGUUCCCUUAACUUGAUGAGUUGGGAAUGUGCGAUACCUGGAAAGAAAUCUACUCCUUGGGAGGGUGGCCUGUACAAGUUACGUAUGAUUUUCAAAGAUGACUAUCCUUCGAGCCCACCAAAAUGUAAAUUUGAACCUCCUCUAUUUCAUCCAAACGUUUACCCAUCGGGCACUGUCUGUUUGUCGCUUUUGGAUGAAGAGAAAGACUGGCGACCAGCUAUCACAAUCAAGCAAAUCCUCCUUGGUAUUCAGGAUUUAUUGAACGAGCCAAAUGUGAAAGAUCCAGCUCAAGCCGAAGCUUAUACAAUAUAUUGCCAAAAUCGUUUGGAAUACGAGAAGCGUGUUAAAGCUCAAGCCAGAGCAAUGGCUCCACAAGAAUAAGUCACAAGAAUUGUCAACUGGACAUAUUUAAAAUAUGUGAGAAAGAUAUUGUAUGUGGAUAACACAUCAUAAACUGAUUCAUAGCUCUUUAUAAUUAAUCUUUUUUACGAGUAAUUAAUAUAUGUUGUAACUAGUUAAGUAGUUCAUGGUCUUAACAUUUAUUUAUCGAAUAUUGUCUUUAUUCAAUGUGUAUAUUUUUCAAAAUUUCAAAAUGUAGUGUAUACUAUGCAAACUAUGUCAACAUAUGAAAAUCAACACAUAUAAAUUCUUUCGCACAUAAAUAAUUCUUAUUAAUAUUAAGAACCAUGUUAUAAGAUAUGUAUACUUU